AUGAAGGGACGAGCAGCUGCUCUUACUGCUGCGUUCUUGGUGGUCUCCUUUGUCGUUUACCUUCAACUCUUCCAGGAUCAGGAGCAUAAUGAGCGAAUGCGAGCAUGGAUGCGCACAAAUGGAACCAGCGGCAUUUGGAGCGAGAUACUUCCACAGGGAGUCGGACGGCCGGCGGACCACGAAGAGCAGAGGCAGAUAUGGCCGACGAACAUCACCACCGAACUCUCCGACGCAGAGCAGCAUACGAACACCACCAUAGCACCACCGAUUCUGACCGACAACCUCAACGAUGUUCGAAACGAAACGCUCGGUACUCAGCAAGUCUUCAUGGUGUCACUGGCAAGCCGGCGCGAUAAGCAUGACGCUUUUGCGGUACAAGCGAUGGCCUCGAACAUAACUUAUACCUACGUUGAAGGCGUGAUCGGAGAUACAGUACCAGAAAAGGCUCUGCCGUACACAAUGCACCUCAAUGCGGCGGAGAUUGGUUGCUGGCGCGCACACAUGAACAUUUUCGAGGAGAUCAUCGAGAAGAAGAUUGCGACCGCCCUAAUAUUCGAAGACGACGCCGACUGGGAUGUCGCUUUCAAGCAACAGCUGGUUCAGUACGCGAGAGGUACACGCUUCGUAACCGACUCCGAAGCCAACGGCUCCUUUGUCCCGCACAGCCCAUAUGGAGAAAACUGGGAUGUUCUGUGGAUUGGUCACUGCAAUACCAAGGAUUUUGCGGACGAUCGGAAACGAUUUGUGAUCCCACACGAUCCGACUGUCUUACCCGUCCAGUACAGGAACGAGUUCGACAAGGCUGAGAUGCGCUACUGGGAUCGAGAGGGCAGCGACUACAAGACCAGAAUCGUCUAUCGCGCCAAAACUGCCAGCUGCACAGCCGCCUACGCCAUCAGCCUGAAAGGCGCACAGAAAGCCAUCUAUCACUUGAGCAUGUCACCCAACAAUCAGCCUAUCGACAACGGCAUGGGCGAAAUGUGUGGUCAACCGGAGACAAACUUCCGAUGCAUGGCUUCCAAUCCGACACUGGUCGGCAUCUCCAAGCCGGCAGGGAGCACAGACCGCGGUAGCGACGUUGGACAUGCACCGGAGACUGCCUAUGAGGAAGGCGCUGCUCAUUCGGAGAGGGUGAUGUACUCAACCAGAAUGAAUCUGCCGAACCUCCUAAUCAACAAUCCUAUCAUGUAUAGCGAGCAUCCGGAGCACUCUGACAACAUGCAUAUUGACGACAUUGGAAGAGCUGUCGGAUAUCCCUACUAUCUUAAAGACGAAGAGAUCGAUGAGCUUGCCCGCAUUGACGCCGAAUGGAAGGAGAAAGAAGAGCAGAAAAAGCAGGACGAAGAACGAGCCAAGCUGGAGGAGGAAAUCGCGAAACUGAAGGAGGAGGAAGAGAAACUCAGCCUGGAUGCACAGAAAUUUGCUGGAACCCAGGAACAAGAGCCAGAGGUGUAUGAAGAGCAGGAUAUUGGCAGCUCUUACGAAGUUUCUGAUGACACGUUAGCGGACAACGCACCCAUGCCAACCCAAAUUAGCGACGCCUACAGUGAUCCGAAUCACUCGCCUCCCUACGAAUCGCACGAAUCGACCUCCGGACCAGAUUUCGGACAAGUCAUAUCGAACGACCCUCCUGAAGAAGUUGAUCCACGCAAUGAGAUGGCUGGCUGA